AUGCCGCUGGGGCGCGGAGGCACGUUUGCACGCCGGCGUGACAGAGUUGAUGCCUUGAGCGAGGAUGGAGACAAGUUCUGGAGGAUGCCAGAGUGCUACAUUCGUGGCAGCACGAUUAAAUACCUGCGUAUCCCCGAUGAAAUCAUUGACAUGGUGAAAGAAGAGGUGGUGUCCAAGGGCAGAGGCCGUGGCGGGAUGCAACAGCAGAAGCAGCAGAAGGGCCGUGGCGUUGGAGGUGCUGGACGAGGUGUGUUCGGUGGCCGUGGCCGAGGAAUACCAGGCAGUGGAAGAGGCCAGCAGGAAAAAAAGCCAGGCAGACAAUCGGCAAAGCAGUGA